CCAAUUACCUCCACGAUCCUUUUCCGGCUAUAAAUCCACCACCCCUCUCUCUUUCUUCCGUUCAGAAGACUCCCCCUUCCUAUCUUCUCUUUCUCCUCUCCACUUCGACUAUACUCCAUUAUUUCUCUGUUCUCCCUGUCCUCUGGCUCAGCUACGUACGAAAAGCAAAGCAGGCAGCAUGUACCCAGCCGAGGUUGCCGGUGUUCUUCUCCCCGCGGCGUACUUGCCGCCACCUGCAAACGCAGCCUCUUUCGGACCCCAUUAUCCCUACCAGAUAGCGGAAGACGAUCAUCUCCUGUUCCAGUGCGGCGGCAGCAGUCUAAUGCAGUUGCCCUACGCCGACGAGUUGUUUCUCAACCACCUUCCGGCGGGGCUGCCCAACAGGUCGAGCUCCGACGAGCCAGCGCCCCACGCCAUAGACCGGCAGCGCGCGGAGGAGAGGAGGAGGAGGCGGAUGGUGUCCAACCGGGAGUCGGCGCGGCGGUCGCGCGUGCGGAAGCAGAAGCAGCUGGGCCAGCUGUGGGCGCAGGUCGUCCACCUCCGGGACGCCAACCGUGACCUGCUCGACCAGCUCAACCGCGCCAUCGUGGACUGCGACCGCGUCGUGCGCGACAACUCCCGGCUGAGGGACGAGCGGGAGGAGCUGCAGCGGAGGCUCCGGGAGCUCCCCGUGGUCGAUGCCGGCGACGCGGAGGGCGUCGCCGUUGGUGAAGAUGACGAGUCUACAGUCUAGGAUGGUUGUAGUUGCAACCAGCUAGAGGAAAAAUAACAUUUCUUUCUCUGAGACCGAGGAUGUCUAGCAAAUGGCUUCCUUCGUAGUAAUUCUUUUUCUGCUUAAUAAUUUUCUUUCUGUUCGUCGAAUCUUUGCUCCAUGUACCGAUUAAAUAUAUAGUUAAUAUUCUUCUAGUA